UCGUCCAACGUACUAGUUGUUCAUCCAGUAGUGUCGCGGCUCGUAAUUCUUGUGCACAACUUGUGUAUUAGCUGGUUUUUCACUGCGGACAUACGUUUUGCGGUUGAAUGAAACUUGUGCAGCAGCAACAAAGUACCCCGCCGACUCCGAUUUCGUCGUUUUACUUUUAUAAAUUACCUACAAGUUAUGUGUACCCAAAAGAAGACAACUAAUUAUUUAAAAACAAAUGAGUUAAUUACAACAAAUAUCCUUAUCUCAAAAAAAGAUUUGUGCUAACCGCACGCAUUUAAUGCAUUAAAUAUAAAUAAACAACGGCAACACUGCAGCACUAAAGUGUAGUAAAAUUUCCCUCGUGUAACGAACACGAUAUUGUGUGGAACUGGAGAAUUAACGAAAUGCAUCUGAAAAAGAAAUACGAGGAAAGAGACGACCACAGUAUGGAACAUACAAGCAUUAGUUAUGGAUCCAACAUGGCCGAUAAUACACGCGAAGUACGAAUUGAAGAGCAAUUAAAAGUGAAAAUUGGAGAAGCCAAGAACCUGAGCAGUCGCAAUGCGGCCAACACCAGUUGCAGCACACAAGGCGUACGUGAUGUAUACUGCACAAUCGCACUGGAUCAGGAGGAAAUCUGUCGCACACCUACCAUCGAACGCACAUUGGCGCCGUUUUUUGGCGAGGAGUAUCAAUUCAAAAUACCACGACGCUUCCGUUAUCUCUCCAUAUACGUGUGGGAUCGUGAUCGACAUAUGAAACAAGACAAACCAAUUGGGAAGAUAGCGAUCAAACGCGAAGAACUGCAUAUGUACAAUCACAAGGAUAAUUGGUUUGCAUUGCGGCCGGUCGAUUCGGAUUCCGAGGUGCAGGGUAUGGCGCACAUUGAGGUGCAAUAUGAGGAGGUGCAACCGCCCGUACAUGAGCAACGUAUCAAUUUAAUACGACCCAGCGAAUAUGAUCGCAGUGACAUCAUCGAAGAUAUUAGCCAUCAUCAUCAGCAUCAAGCGCAUCUGAACGAUUACAAAGAGAAUAGUGAACUGAGUAAUAUACAGCGUGGUUCCUUGAAAUCACGCGGCCUCUUUGGCACACAUAACGAACACAGUACGAAUUGGAAAAAUGUGAUGGCCAUGCGGCAUGCACGUGUUGCGGUCCGUUGUUUGGAAUGUGUUGAUUUGGCUAAAAAGAAUGGUACUUGUGAUCCGUAUGUUAUAUUUACAGCGACUUAUACGAACAAACGACAAGUGACGAGACGCACAAAAGUGCGUGAGAAGACCGUUAAUCCGGAAUACGAUGAGACGGUGUACUUUGAUCUCUGUAUUGAUGCUGAUAAUUCGACAACAAAGUCGAUUUCCUCACAUCAUGAUGCCAGUACAACGAACUCCAAUAAGGGUUAUACUAUUUAUCCGCUAGGCGGUGCUGAUCUCUGUGAGAUUUCCGUUGCUUUGUGGCACAAUUCGGCGGGCAUGGCGGAUAAAGUGUUCCUCGGUGAAGUGAAAAUACCCAUUUCAAGUAAGCAACAACAAAUCGUCGCCCAACAAUCCGCCUGGUAUUUUUUACAACCACGCUCAGCCAGUACAACGAAUCGUUCGUUGUCGUCCACACCGCGUUCAUGCGCUACCCCACCUGGUACACGACUCAGUUGCGACAGCACGAUCGGUACGUUACGCCUGAAAUUACUUUACACCGCCGAUCAUGUCUUCCCGCUGGCGACCUAUGAUGACCUAAUGAACCUGCUAUUAGAGUCGGUCGAUCAACGACCUAUCACAGUGUCCGCCGUCUCUAUACUAGGUGAACUAGUGUCGUGUAAGACGGAUAUGGCGCAACCAUUGGUGCGACUCUUCACACACACCGGACGCAUUGCAUCGAUUAUCAAAGCUUUGGCCGACUAUGAAAUUUCAAAUCUCACAGACCCUACGACUAUUUUUCGCGGCAAUACGCUUGUUUCCAAGAUGAUGGACGAGGCUAUGCGACUGUCUGGUCUGCCUUAUCUACAUCAGACGCUACGUCCGGUGCUCGCGCAAAUACUGGCGGAAAAGAAACCCUGCGAAAUCGAUCCAUCCAAAGUAAAGGAUCGUUCAGCAGUCGAUACAAAUUUGAAUCACCUGCAAGUUUAUGUUGAACGUGUAUUCGAUGCAAUUACGAAGAGUGCGGAACGCUGUCCGAAGGUGCUCUGUCAGAUAUUUCACGACCUACGCGAAUGUGCUGGCCGACAUUUCCCACGUAAUCAUGAAGUGCGAUACUCAGUGGUAUCGGGUUUCAUAUUUUUACGUUUCUUCGCACCAGCCAUACUAGGUCCAAAGUUGUUCGACUUGACGUCAGAACCACUAGAUCAUCAAACGAAUCGCACGUUAACGCUAAUUUCGAAAACGAUACAAUCUCUGGGGAAUUUGGUGAGUUCACGUUCAUCACAACAGCCAAACAAAGAAGAGUACACCGGUCAGCUGUAUAAGCGGUUCUACACGGAGAAACAUGUGACGGCAGUUAAACACUUUUUGGAGGUGAUUUCAACGCCCGGUGAGGAUUGUGGACUGCAAGGAGAUUCAGCCAAUAUAUUGUUGCCAGUUGUGUGCCCUGCAGAUGGUACACUCGAACCAGUAUUACUUAAAGAGGGGAUGAUGACGAAAUAUCCACAGGGCCGUAAACGAUUCGGCCGUCGGCGUUUCAAGCAGCGUUACUUUCGUCUAACCACAAAAACCCUCAGCUAUGCCAAAUCAAAGGGCAAACAACCCAUCUGUGAUAUACCAUUGUCGGAGAUUGAGCGCGUCGAGCAGCUGAAUGAGAAGAGUUUUAAAAUGCAAAACUGUUUUAAGAUCAUACGUAAGGAGCGUUCGCUUAUUAUACAGGCAACCAAUUGUGUGGAGGAGCGCGAAUGGAUCGAUUUGUUGCACAAGAUCUGCCUUACCAAUUCCAUCCGCCUGCAGUAUUUCCAUCCGUCCGCCUUUGUGAACGGCAUAUACAGUUGUUGUUCGCGUUCGGACGAGAACGCACCCGGCUGUCGCACUGUCUCCGCCGAAGCGAUCAAUUACUUUCAAAUGGAUCUUGUCACCUCACUCGAUCCUGCGCUCGAUCUGCAACGCAUACAUACGUUGAUUAUGUCUCAUAUGACCCAACUGGUGGCACCGCUGGAUCCGAUUGCCUUCCAUCAUUUGCAGCAGGGUCACAAUCCACUUGGUCCCACCGCAUUGGCGUUGCAACAAACGCCAGCCGCUUAUGCGGAAUUUCAAAAUACAAUCGAACAACUGCGCAAAGUGGCAUAUGCCAUUGAUCGCGAUCACCGCAACUACAAAGCGGGCAUAGCGCGUGAGCUGAAGUAUGGCAGUCGACAGGCACCGAUUGGUGAUGACAACUAUUUGCAUAUGAUGCAUGCGGCCGGUCACUUCAAUCUGCAGCAACACCAGCAGCAGCAGCAGCAGCAACAACAUCAACAGCAGCAACAACACCAACACCAGCAGCACCAACAACAAGUGAUAUUGCAUACACAACAACAACAGCAGCAGCAGCAACCGCAAGUUUUGCCACAAAUGCAACACGUGCGCGCAUAUCCAUAUCAGCUGAAAUAGCUGAUGCAAUGAAAAACGUUGUGCGUGGAGCCGACUUUUCAGUGUUAGAAAAUAGCAGUUAGUGUAGUUGUAAUAUACAUAUGUGUAGUAGAAGAUAGUUAAGAAGCGCUUCGCUUGGGACGUUAUGUACCUAAACACUUGAAAAGCAAUAGGUACUUACUUACCAAACACAAUUUAUUUAUGUCAAAUGGCAGCUAUAGGUGGGCACGACGCUCAUUUCUUUGUUUUUUUUUUUUUUUUAAAUAUGAAACUCAAUUAUUAAUGCGUCUGAUAAUCGUAAUAGUGUUGAUUUGGACAUCAGCCCAUAAGCUGCUGCAUUCUGGUACAAGUUAUAUCGUGUAACUUACCCACUUCCCAGAAAUGUAACAUAAAUACCAAGCAACCAAUACUACAAGCAAAAGUUCAAAUUCUGUGUAAAAAAUUAUGUUCUAAAUAUUUUUAUUAUAUAUACAUACAUAAUUGCGUAAAUCUAUUUAACAAAUACUUACUUUGUACGAAUUAUUAUUAAUAUACAUACUAAAAUAUUAGCAUUCGUAUUCGCAUGCGUAUGUACGUGUGAGACUAUUUAUUUUAUACAAACGCUAUUAUAUAAAUAUAUAUAUAUAUAUAUAUACCUACUUAUUAUUAUAUAAUUGUAUACAAAUUUUAAGUGAAAUUAAGCAAGAGUAUGUAACUGCGAGCGUUAGUUCUAAAUUAAACGCUUUGUAGUGUGUGUUUGUAGAUAUACUUAUAGAUACAUAUAUAUAUUUACAUAUAUAUUAUACUUGUACUACCUAUACGAGUACGUAGUGAAAUAAGCUGAUUUAUUUAUAAACCUAACUUAAAACUCUGGCUUAACAUACACCUUGCGCCUCGAUUCACAGAGGUCAACAGUGCAUUGUUGAAACAGUUAAGAAAUGAACUCCAAUUUACUGCAUUAUAUGCAUGCUCCAAGCUAAAAAAAUGAAAUGAAAUGAAAUUUGUUCUGUAUAAAGCGCUUUAGUGUAAUAACUGUUGAACUAGAGAAAGAAAGCGAUAAAUGAAAUGUAACUACAUAUGAAUAACUGACAUUAUACAAGUACUUUACACAUACGUGUAGCGAAAUUGUAUAUAAUUGUAAAGAAUUAAGUAAUUUUAGAGUAACUUAAUGAACAACUAAACACUGCAACAACUCUAUGCAUAAUAAUAUUCUGCAAAUAAGCUUUACUUUUCAGUGUUUAUUUUCAAAACUUGAAAGAAAAAAAGUGUGAAAUGUUGAAAGAAUUCUUAUGCAAAUUUGUUAUACUACAUAACUUUACUUAAUACAUAGCAUACAUUGUAAAUGAAUUGUAACAUAAUUAUUAAACUAUUUGUUAUUUAUUUCGACUGUUUCUAAAUUAUUAACUACUUCAUUACUUAAUGUUACUUCUUUAAUUUAUAAACAUCUACAGUAUCUAUGUUACUAUUGGAUAGCAUAAACGUUUCCAAUAUAUUAAAUAUAUAGUUUAUUCAGAGGCAUUUAGUUAUAUGCUUAAAGACUGAAUGUGGUUGCAAAAGUCAAUGCAGAUUGUAAAUACGAAACAGACAAUUGUGAAUGCUUAUUUGCAGAAAGUAUAUGGAAAGUAUAUGGAAUAAGAAUAGCAACAGGUUUCUACAAUAUUUUUCGCACACUAUAUGCAAUUGCUACACAGCAUUUCACUAAUUGUUAAAUUAAAAGCAAGAAAUGCAGUAGAUGAAACUAAAAACAUUUUUCAUUUAUUAUUAACAAAAUGAAUGAAACCCCGCUUAUGACAUCUAACAAAUGUUAUUGCAAGAAAGCAUUAAGUCUAGCGCACACUUAAUUUAUAUACAUACAAUCAUACAUUUGAAAAAUCAGUAAUCUCAUUUCAUUCACAUACACAUUUUGAAGAAAAAAAUUUAAAUAACUGCAUAUAAUAUAUAAUCUGUUAAUUUUUCCUUUUUCUGAACUAAUUAAUUAAAACUGUAGUCCACUUGUUGCCGUUCAUUGUACUUCCAAUGGUAAAUAAUUCGUAGUUUCUAGUAUGUUUUCUUCUCUUUAUUAAGCUCCUUUGAAAAACACUGUCUUCCCAUUUGUGUCUUCGCAUUGUAAUUAUUUGUUUUUUCCGUACAUCGAAUUUUAUUAGUUCAUUUUCAGUUUUCAUUUAAACAAAAGCAUUCCAAGCAUGCUACACAUUUUCAUUUUCUUUUGAAUUAAAACAUAAAUAUAUUUAUAGAGUAAUAAAAAAAUGAAUAUUUCAUUUUAUUCAAUUGUAAAUUUUGAUUUCGCUUAAUUAUUUUUAAGAUUGUAUAUACAUUAAUGUCGGUCGCAUUUAUUAUUAACAUUGACAACGAUUGAAUACAUACAAACAUACAUGCAUACGAAUACUACAUAACUAAUGUGUAGAAAAAAGGGGCGCCAUACAUUAGCGUUUAUACUUAAGCAUUUCUCGAUUAAUCAUUUGUUCGUUUCAUAUAAAACUUUAGCAUUAAGUUACUCGUUUAUUAUUUAAUUAUUUGAAUUAGUUAAUUUCUGUCUAAUUACUUUCAGUUCAUGUAAAUUAUUACCGAAUAAGCAAGUUUUGCUUUUUACUAUUACAAUUAUAAUUAUAAUUAAAUAUCCAUUAUUAUUAUUAUUAUUAUUAUUAUUAUUAUAUUAAAGCAACAUUUUGUAUUAAUUUAAACUAUUUUUAAGUUUGUAAUCGGUACAAAAUUUUUUUAUUAAAGAAACUUCCAACUUGGCAUUUAUGACUAGUAAGAACGAA